AUGAAAGAUAGGAAUCAAUCAGAAUUGAUCUAUUUUCUUAAAGAGCCUAAUCCUGACCAACUUCAAGUGGGUGAUCACAUCUUUACUCGUAGGGCUGUUGGAUACUCCCACCAUGGAAUAUAUGUGGGCGAGGUGAAUAAAGUCAAGUACGUGAUUCACUUCACCUGCACGGGAUCAGCAAUUAGCUCAACCUCCAUAGUUAGUAGACCUAACCACCAGGCUUGCCAAGUAUGCGGAUACGCACAAUAUGUGAAUCGUGGAGUGGUAAAAACUUGCCUUGAUUGUUUCCUGUCUGAGGACAAAUUGUACGUGAAGCAGUAUGAUGGAAAUUUGAUACCCUGCAAUGAAACUGUGGAGAUAGCCUACGAUCUAUUGGAAAAUGGGUUCGGCCAAUAUGAUUUAGCUGUGAACAACUGCGAGCAUUUCGCCACCUUUUGUAAGAAAGGAGACCCUCGUAGCACACAAGUCGACACUGUUGUCAUGGUUGGUAAUUUACUUCCUAAUAUUCUUCCGUUGCAGAUGUUUAAAACUUACCAUUUGAUUCGAAAAUGGACAUUCCGCAGAUAGUCUCACAAACUAUUCUCUAUAAGAAUAAAGAUAAUGUGCCUAUAUAUGUAAAUAUG